CUGUCGGAGAGGGCAUUGACUUAAAUUGUUCAAGGACACGUUGGCAUUUUUGACCGAAGUAGUUGCACGUUGAGUGUGACAUUAUUAAGUGCCCCUCCGGUUAGAGCGACGAGCAUGGGAACUGGUGAGGAAGACACAAUUAUCCAGAUGUCACCCUGUGUGAAGGACCGGGAGACCAUGUUGGGGCAAUGUCUUCAAGCACGCGCUCAGCUGGAAGCUGCUAUCAGUGAGAUAUGCAAAGUAGAGCAACAGCUUUGUGAAAAUGCCAGAGAGGUAAAGUCUCAGCUGCACAGCUGUAUCAGCAGGCAUUUGGAGUUUCUUCGCUCCCGGGAAGUUUGGCUGCUUGAACAAAUUGAGAUUGUCCAGUGCCUUAAAGAAGAAGCUUUGCAGCAACAAUUGCAGCAACUGCAUUUGCUGCUUGGACAAUUCAACGCUGUAAUCCUGCAAGUGGAGAACUGCAGCAGCAACACUUUGUCCAAUCAGACUACCAGCUGUCUGGAAAAAUUGGCAAGUCUGAGCUUGAACCCAGAAGAAACCCCCGAGAUGAGUUUCCAGGCUGAUGUUCAUUCUCUGCGCAAGGCCAUUACUUCAUUUGGGACCAUUGCCUCACAGGAUCUUGAGUCGAUCUCUGGUAACGUAAAACCACUUCUGGAGUCUGGCCCCUCUCACACUGACUGGCUGUUAAAUAGCUGUCCUGUAGCUGCGCAACAUUACAAACCUAAAGAGAAGAUAACUGAGCCUAUUUCUGGAGCACCGCUUUCUCAAUGGCUGUUGGGUAGCCACUCCAGUAGUAAUACUUCUAGUGGAUUCAGUGGUAGCACUGAUCUAAAGGACUGGCUUCUCAAACCUGCAGAUGAAGCAAAAGUAGCAAAGGACUCUUGUCCUGUGAUUUCAUUUGACUUUGAGGCAGCCUGGGGUCAGUUACAUGAUCUUGAGUGCUGGCUUCUGCAGGAAAGAGUGCCCUCUAGGAAUCGAGCUCAAAGUGACCUCAGCACCACCAGCUGCUCGCUUUCAAUUGAGAAGAUUGAAGACUCCGAUCUGAACUUCACAGAGGAUGAAACUGAAGCAUCUGAAAACAGUAUGGAUCUUGGCGAGUGGCUUGUUACACCAUAUCCAGAAGCAGGUAAACCCCAAGAUACAUACACUGAUGCCGAGCAAUGGAAAUCUGCCUUAAAACCAUUUGAAGAAAAGUAUUCGUCCAGUGACUGGCUUCUAAAGCCUGAAGCUGGAUGCGGCUCUUGCUGUGGCACCUUGGCCCAAGCAGUUGAGAUUGAAAACCUUGGUAAUCUGAAGUGCCUGAAGCAAACCCCAUUAUUAUCGAGUUCUAGCCAUUGGCUAAUGCAGCAAGCCCCCCCAGUCAAAGUUGAGCAAGUCUGUAGAGCCAAUGAAACCUGCAAUAGCUUUUCUGAAUGCGUAUGUGAGGAGAGCUGCAGUCGUGAGGCUUUGCGUUCUUGGUUGCUUAAACAAGAAGGCCGAGACAAAAAUGGUCUUCCCAUAAACAAAAAUUUGCCAAACACCACUGAAAAAGAGCAUGAUAAGAUGUCUUCCAGCUUGGACAGCUGGCUGCAUCCCAGUAGAAGAGUGAAUGCUCUAUCCAAGGAAUCGGAAGAAAAAGCCAGCAGAGAAGAACAGAGUACAGAGUCCAAGGAUCCUUUUCUCACCACCCUGCAAACUGAAUGUUGGGUUCUCCCAUCUUCACAGUCCACUGCAUCUCCCGAGUGUAAAGACCAGAGCCAGGAUAACUUCAAUGAGAAUGAUAAGUGGCUGUUACGUAAGAUAGCACAUCAGGAGCAGUUUGUUUUCCCAUCAUCAGUCAGUGACCUUUUUUCUUGUAUGAAGCUUACUUUAGAACAAGAGAAGUGGCUCUACAAGAACCCUCUACAGCUUUGAUUUCCAGCAACAAUGACUGUGAACAUUAGGAGAAAUCAUGUAACAGCUGACCCAUUCAUUACUGCACAUCCAAAUAUGAUGCCUUCCUACACCUUGCUUUUAACACAUUCGGAGGACAUGGAACAGUACUUCUCUUUAAACCCAAGCUGAGAACAUCAUUUGGAAGUUACCCAAAAUACUAACCCGAACCUUAUUCACAAGAAGGCUUCUAUAAAUCUUAGAUUAGCUAGGUUUCUAUGUAACAUUGUUCUGUUGUUUAUGCCCUCUAAAGAACUCGAAUUCAUGACAUUUUAUGUUUUAUGUGACUAAAGCACAUUUUAUGGAGUAGUCUGUUCUUUAGAAGGCUCUGAUGAAUGAUUCUGCCCCGUUGGGGUGUAUUGGGUCAUAAUAUUGAAUCUAUCUGAAGAAAUGUUAGCUUUGUACAAGUGAUUGGAGAUAUAAUUGAAUUACUGUAUGGGUUAUUUUUAAAAUCUUGGCUGUGUUUCAUUGCUUUUAUGUUUACUUUCCCCUCAACAUUUGUUUUAAUUCCAAACUGAAUGAGUCACAUUCUGUCUAACCAAGAUGAUUGUCCGUUUGCUUUUUUUCCCAGGACAAUGUAAGCUGGCUGCUGUGUGACUUUGCAUAGGGCAGUAAAGAGAGCGGUGUGGCCUCUGUCUUCUCAGAGCUACAUUUUACUUUUGUGCUUGGCACUUGUGAACUGUAGGUUCUAGUUUGGACACGUUUUCUGCCUCGUACUUCUACCUGCACAGCGUACCACUCUAUGUACUACUUGUCCUGCAUCUGCCACUUUAAAACUUACAUAUUGGAUAUAGCAGGUGAAGCUUUUACUUCUAAUAAAGUGCUUUUAUUAUAUUAGAUAGGAAAAAGAUUUAUACUAUGUUAACUAAUGUUAAUUAAUUGAUAAUUAUCCAACCAUUAAUUAAAAAAAAAAAAAAAAAAAAAAGUAAUUGUGGUAGUUGUCGUCUUUGUGUAAAAUGUGUACACUUUACCUUCACAUGUUUUGUUAACAAGAUCCAAGCUGACUGUUCAUCUGCGGCAUCAUGUAAUGGGUGUCCUCUGCCUUUUAAUUGUAAGAAAAUAAAACACAUCAGGUUGUACUGCACUCUUCUUCAUUGUUGUUCGCAACUUCCCUGAAGAACAGAAUAAUCUGAAUACAAUACUUUAUUGCAAGACAUAACGGUAUUCAAGAAUUCUAACUAUGGUAAUAUAGUCAGUAUCAAAAGUUUGAUGCAAAUAUUUUAUUAUUCCUUCUGCUCUUUUUCUAUAACCCAUAUGACCAUAAUCCAGGUUUUAAUACGAUCAAGUUAAAAGUCUAAUGACUCAACAAAUAUAGGACAAGAUUACAAAGUUGUUUUUGGUAUGUAUCAAUUUAAAUGUCUUUAAUAAACCAUAAAUAUUGAGCAAGAAA